AUGGUUGUUUGGACAAGUUUUCAGCAUUACGCCACGGUUAUCGGCAGCAUAACUGCGGUUCUCGCGAACUGGCGAGCUGGCCGCGCUUUCGAACGGUGGUCCAUUGGGAAUCGGGUACGACAACUUCCCCUAGGCGUCGCCCUAGCCCACCUACCCUUUCACCUCGACCACUUGCCUCGACGCGGCGGUGGCGCAGAUCAACAGCCCUGGAUCGCCAUUGAAUGGACAGACUGGUGGUUCACCAGGGUGAUCGCACUCCGGAAUGGCGACCCGGAACCUCCUGAGCCGCAGUUCACCGAAAUCACAAUCGAGGUUCCAAGUCCCACCUUGUGGGUUCAGGGGAAUCAAGGUGCUGUUGGGGGGCAGCAUUCGACUUGA